AAAUGUUGUUAUAAAAGGCAGGUGGAGGUUGCACAGGGAUAGUUGACUGAGUGAUUUUAGCGGUGGUUAAACGGAUUAAAGAACAAUAUGAUUGCACAGGUUUUAUUUAUCUCUACAAUUGUGGCCAUUGCACAAGCAGGACUUCUUCACGGUGGUCUAGAUUUAGGAGGAUCAUCAUAUGCCGGAAGCCAUAGUAUAGUUGUUGCAAAAGAACCAGUAGUAGAAUAUUAUGCUCCUCCAAAAUACGAGUUUAAAUAUGGAGUACAAGACUGGCACACUGGCGAUGUCAAGAACCAAGAAGAAUCUAGAGUGGGAGACCUUACCCAAAGUGACUACUCUUUGGCGGAAAAGGAUAGAAAGGUUUCAGUAUCCAGGAUAAUAGCAGGCGCUGUACCCAUCUCUCACGGAAAGGGUUGGUAGUAGCAAUGUUAUCGUCCAAAUGGUACUUUCUACACUACAGCUUUAGAUACGUCCUUUAUGUGAUCUCGUCUAUACGGAUAUUUAUUUAAAAAGGAAUUUGGUAUUAUUAAAAUAUUUAAUAUUUCUGCACCAAAUAAACUCUAAGCUAGUUUAUUUAUUCGUUAAAAUGUCUCUAUUUAAAAUAAAAUCAGAAAACCAAAUGAAAUAUACGAAUUAUUAUAUAGUAUUAUAUUUUUUUAUACUUUCUUUUGUGUAAGCUGUUAUACAUUAUUAAACAAU